CCAGUAUAUCGACUCGGACGUUCGAGUGAUCUCGUCAUUUUACUUCAUUUACACUUUAAACUCCGCUCAUAGACAGUGAUGAUAUAAACUCUGUGAUAUAGUUAUUUAUUUAUAGAAAAAUAUUGUUAAAAUGAAGAAUUUUAUAUCAUUUGUCACCUUUUCGCUAUUGUUCACUAGUGCGUUUUCAGACAACUGUAAGACACCUCUCGGAAGAACAAGUCAGUGUAUAUCACUCUACGAUUGCCCUCAGCUUGUUAGUGCAUUCGAACAAAGACCACUAAGAAACGAUGUCGUUUCAUUCCUCAGACAAUCACAGUGUGGAUUUGAAGGUUAUGUGCCAAGAGUUUGCUGUGGACCAUUGCCUGAUCUAGCGCCACAAAGACCGACAAGCACGGUCAGGCCAACACAACGUCCCAGACCGGAUACAAAUAUCAAUAGCAAUGUGGAUCCUGUGUUCCCUGAAGAUUCUAAUCUAGCUCCCCGCGACCAAUGUGGAAUAGAUACUAACGGUGAUAGGAUAUAUGGUGGACAAUUUACAGAAUUGGAUGAGUUCCCAUGGAUGGCUUUACUGGGAUAUAAACCUAAUACCAGUCCACGAUUGACUUACCAAUGCGGAGGAGUACUGAUCAAUAGAAGAUAUGUUUUAACCGCUGCCCACUGUGUAGUCGGAAGUAUUGAAACAGCAGUAGGAAAAUUGAGCACUGUUCGUCUGGGUGAAUAUGAUUUGCAAACGGACAUCGACUGCUCUGAUGGUCUCUGUGCCGAUCCUGUUCAAGAGAUCUCUGUGCAAUCAGCAUAUCCAAACCUAGGGUUCUCUGACCAAAAUAUAAACAGAAAAGAUGAUAUCGCCUUAGUGAGACUUUCGAAGAGAGCUACUUAUUCAUAUUAUGUCCAGCCAAUAUGUUUAGCAGAUAACAGUCUUCGUUUAGACGUCGGUACUGACGUGUAUGUCGCUGGAUGGGGGAAUACUUUGGGCGGCAAAAGUAGUCCAGUGAAACUGAAACUGGCCUUACCUCUAUUCAGUAAGUCGCGGUGCGUUCAGAAGUAUAGAAGUCUGCAGGCGGAAUUGACAAGCGGACAGUUAUGCGCUGGUGGAGUUUUCGCCGAAGACGCGUGUAGAGGAGACUCUGGUGGUCCUUUAAUGAGGAAAUCUCCUUCUGGUAUCUGGCAGUCAAUUGCGAUUGUCUCGUUUGGAAAUGGAUGUGGCAGAGAUGGCUGGCCAGGCGUGUACACCUCUGUGCCCAGCUAUUUGGAUUGGAUACAACAAACUAUGCGCUCCUCCAAUGUUUAAUAGAUCCAGUUAUGUUAUUUUUAAAAUGUGCAAUAUCUCAACCUUUUUAUAUAAAUUCAUAAUAUAAAAUAUAAUCUUGCAAUGUUCCAUUAUGACUUCACUACCAGAUAACAUAUUCGGCAGUUUGCUCGGGUCCUCUCUGACUGUUUAUUUUGAAACGACGAAAUGUAUACAAAGUUAACUCGUAUGGUACUCUGAAGUCAUUGAAAGUCCCAAUACUCAGCUGAACAGAGAUAUUCAAUUAAUUGUUGCGUAUCAUUUGCAUAGGUGUCACUGGCAAUCAAAUUAAGUGGGGCGUAAGUAAUUCUAUGCGCAUAACUUAAUUACUUACCCUUCUGAAAUUAUGGAAUUACACUUUAUUUAUAAGACUCUAAGUAAUAAAUGAUAUUAAGUAUCUUC